CAUUCAGACAUCCCAGGAAUCCUACACGACUAGCCAGCACGACACAACAAAGACGUUUUGAGUAAAACUGCGUCCUUGUCACCGAGGAACGUCAAGCAAUAGUCUUUACCCAUUUAAAGAAGGAAAUUGUGGCGGAAAAACGGCAGCUGAGGGUUCUGCUGCAGCAUGCAGAUGUGAGCUCAGACAUCCAAGAUCCUGUGCUAUCACUUCAACUCUGGACUGGUGAAAUCCUCUUCAUCCCUCUUCAUCGUCAUCCUACAUGCUCGUACAUGAAAAGAGGGGAGAAACCCGAAGGAUACCGGCAGAGGAGACCCAAAACGUUUCCCGUCACGAACUACAGUGGCAACAGCCAACAGAUGCUGCAGGAAAUACGGAACAGCCUGCGCAACCUGUCGAAACCGUCAGACCCACCUAAAGUGGACACUGGUGCACAAGGGAAGAUGCUCCAAGAGGAUUCAAGGCAACUGGGGCGCAGCAACAACCCCAAAAACCCUCACCACAAAACCUUACAGGAGAUCCGCGAGGCCCUCAUGCCUUUUAAAAAUGAGCCCAACACUUCAGGCUUGCAGCGAGAACCCCGUUUUGCAGGGCUCGAGGAGCCAAGCAUCAGUCACGGUGUAGGGCCGGCUACAGACUACAUGGGUAAGGUUGUUUCCAACCCCAGCUCUGCAGGCCUCAAACCCCCAGAGUCUUCUCACAUCCAGCCGGCUGUCCUGAGGAGGUCGAGCUGGAAGGGCUCUAAGGAAGGAAUGAUGUACCGAUCCGACAGCCCUGGACCGCCUCCUGCCUUCCCACAGGGCCACCCUACAAACAACCAGAGGGUCACACCUCCACCAAACCGCGGUGGCAUGCCUUGUGCGUCAUCCUGGGACAGCAACCCAUCAACAAAGCGGUACUCUGGAAACAUGGAUUACCUUGUGCCACGCAUUUCUCCAGUACCCCAGGGGCCGUGGCCUGAUGGGUACAGCACAGCACCUCAGAAUCAACGUGGGAUCAGCCCAGUGCCCAUGGGCCACCAGCCCAUCAUAAUGCCAAGCUCUGGGGGUAAUAAGUUCACCUUUCCCCCUAGCUGGACUCAGAGUGGCUCCUCUCAGCCAGACUACGUGACAGGGGGCAGCAGACAUCCCCCUCCUCCGUACCCGGUCAACCAGAGUAGCCGGCACAGUCCCACUGAUCAGCAGACAGGAGGACCUGCAUCCUCGCCUUCUUACCACAAUGGAGGGAAUAUCCCUCAGUCCAUGAUGGUGUACUUUUCUGGUCUUCCUCAGUCCAGGUCCAGCCAGCCCCAACCUUCCUCCGGCAACGGCAGCAACCAGGACCGCUCUCCAUCAUGGCAACAUAAUAUGCCAGUCCGCUCCAAUUCUUUGAAAACCGGAUCUACUCACCCGACCAGCUCACAGCCCUCUGCCACCACAGUCACUGCCAUCAUACCGACUCCCAUUCUUCUGCCGGUGAAAAGCACCCAUGUUCAGAAAGCCAAACUGCACACUGCUGUCGCUCCAACACAUCCUCCAUGGAAACCGCACGUUGCACCACCUCCUGCUGCGCCUGCCUACCUAGAACCCACAGGUACAGUCCCGCAGGUCGUAUCUGAAGCACCUGACUAUCACGGACCUCCUCCCCCUUACCCUAAGCACCUCCUCCAACAGCAGGCUGCACCCAGCCCACCAGGGUAUGACACAGGGGCCAACAGGCUCAGUGCAGGCAGAGAGGAUCCUGCUGAUGAGGAGAGCAGCGGCCGGGGGGACGGCUCGAGGGAAAAACCAUCAGAAAGCCCAGAGGGUGGAGCAGCAAGAGAGGAGGACAGGAAGCAAAUCACUACAUCGCCUGUUCCGGUCCGACGCAACAAGAAAGACGAAGAGCGGAGAGGGGAGUCGGGAAGAGUCAAUUUGUAUUCCCCACAGGCCUUCAAGUUCUUCAUGGAGCAACACAUAGAGAACAUCCUGAAGAACCACCAGCAGCGGAUUCACAGAAGGAAGCAACUGGAAAAUGAGAUGCAAAGGGUGGGUUUGUCUUCAGAAGCCCAGGAGCAGAUGCGUAUGAUGCUCUGUCAAAAGGAAUCUAACUACAUUCGGUUAAAACGAGCUAAGAUGGACAAGUGCAUGUUCAAACGGAUCAAGACCCUCGGCAUCGGCGCCUUCGGCGAGGUCUGCUUGGCCAGAAAAGAGGACACAGGAGCGCUGUACGCCAUGAAGACUCUCCGCAAGAAGGACGUGCUCCUGAGAAACCAGGUGGCUCACGUCAAGGCUGAGAGGGACAUUCUGGCAGAGGCCGACAAUGAGUGGGUAGUGCGUCUCUACUACUCUUUCCAAGAUAAGGACAACCUGUACUUCGUUAUGGAGUACAUCCCCGGAGGGGACAUGAUGAGCCUUCUCAUCAGACUCGGCAUCUUUAAAGAAGAGCUGGCUCAGUUUUACAUCGCAGAGCUCACCUGCGCUGUGGAGAGCGUCCACAAGAUGGGCUUCAUCCACCGAGACAUCAAGCCUGACAACAUCCUCAUAGACAGAGACGGUCACAUAAAGCUGACAGACUUCGGUCUUUGCACUGGUUUCCGCUGGACCCACGACUCGAAGUAUUACCAGAGCGGGGACCAUGUGAGGCAGGACAGCAUGGACUUCAGUAAGGAAUGGGAGGAUCCAGCCAACUGCCGCUGUACAGACCGCCUGAAGCCUCUGGAAAGGAGAAAGGCCCGGCAGCACCAGCGUUGUCUGGCCCAUUCGCUCGUGGGGACACCCAACUAUAUCGCACCAGAAGUGCUGCUUCGAACAGGAUACACCCAGCUCUGUGAUUGGUGGAGUGUAGGAGUGAUCUUGUAUGAAAUGGUUGUUGGACAGCCUCCUUUCUUAGCAACCACACCCCUGGAGACGCAGCUAAAGGUGAUAAACUGGAAGAGCACGCUGCACAUUCCCCCGCAGGCCAAGCUCAGCGCAGAGGCAUCGGAUCUCAUCGUUAAACUGUGCCGCGGCCCUGAGGACCGCCUCGGUAAGAACGGCGCGGAUGAAAUCAAAGCCCAUCCUUUCUUCAGAAGCAUCGAUUUCUCCAGCGACCUCAGACAGCAGGUGGCACCAUACAUCCCCACCAUCGCCCACUCCACGGACACCUCCAACUUCGAUCCAGUGGACCCGGAUAAAAUGUGGAGCAGCGACGGCGACGACGAGGACAGCCAUAACGACACGCUAAACUGUUGGUUCCGCAACGGAAAGCACCCCGAGCACGCCUUCUACGAGUUUACCUUCCGGCGCUUCUUUGACGACAACGGCCAUCCGUACAGCUGCCCCAAGCCCAUCGAGUACGAGGGCUACGAGGACGAGGCCGACUCGGAGGGCGCCGCACAAGAGGCCGCCAGCUCCUCGGCGUUACAGGGACGAGACCUGGUCUACGUAUAGCACUCGAGGCCCGAUGACACGCUUGUACAUAAUGAGUAGACGCAGGGGGUUUUCAGUGGCAUCACAUUUGAAACAUAGGAAGUAUGUUUGUUUGGUCACAUUAACAGACUGUUUAUUUUAAAAGCAAACAACAAAACCACAGUCGCAACCUAAAGGAACAAUUCAACACUUUAAGAAAUGUCAUUCUUUGAUUUCUUACCACGAGUCGGAGGAUGACAAACAGAGCUACAUAGGAAGCUGGCCAUCAUUCGGUUAGCUGAGCUUAAACUCUAAAAACAGCUCUGUCCAAACUUAAAACCUGCCUGUCAGCACCACUGAGGCUCAGGAUUAACACACUGCACCCUGGUUACCUGAGGGAGGUCCUUGCUAGACACACAACUUUAUUUAUAAAGCACUGUUACACUACAACCUACAUUCACACAGUGCGCUCUCUCGAUCUCUCUCUCUAGACACACACACACACUUUAAGAUGCACGCAGUAAACGGUCUGUGUCAUGUCCUGUUGUGUUCAUGUACAGCACAGGCUACUUCGGUGUAUUUGCACCGGUUAUGGCCGCAAGCAGGAAUGCACCUCAGAGUACUGAUAGGCAUCCACACACAAAGAGAAUAGCUGCGAGGUAUCUGUCAAUAGAGCUUACAUGGUGGGAUACCGUUUAUUGAAUUGAGGGAGGUGGUAAAUGCACUAACCAGGGACAAAAAAUUAAAACCAGUCAGGUGUUGAUACUAUGCUUUUCUGUUUGGACGUUACUUUGACACAUCUUCACCAGAUGGUGUUAAUGUUGUGGCUGAUUGAUGUAGGUUCUUGUCAUAUUUGGGAUGCCACUCAGUUGGAUAAAAGAAGAGUGACUUGAGUCUAAGGCUUUGUUAGAUCCUAACCUAGCAACAGCUGCUUGUUUUGUAACUGGUGAAAAGAAAAUUCAAUAAAAUGAAAAGUUAGAAAACUUUUUUAAGUUUAAAGUGCCCCAUUUUAGCUUUAGUUAACAUUAGCCAGACUUUUUUUUUUUUUUUUUCUCUUUUCUCACUGCAGCCCUAUUUUCAGGUGCACAAAUGUGACUAACGCCAUCAUUAAACAUCCACACCCGACGUCAUCGAUGUUACAGAGUAAAGAUCUGUAAUUCCUGAACACCACCUCCAAUACUAUUUUAAAUACUCUCAAAUUAAGGCUGAGAAUCUGCACUGUGAAUGUUUUUCUAACCCGUUAAAGUAAUAACUACAUAUCUGGACCUGAACUGUAACCCAGUGGGUUUCAGAGGUGCUGGUAGGUGGAUUUUUGUCAGAGCUGGGCCAGCUACUCCAGUAUCAUUCUCCUUCUCCUGGCAUGUUUUCCAGAAAUGCAUCCAUUUUUAAAGUGUGACAUAUGCUGCAUAAAUCUCAUAAGAGGAAAGGAAAGCAGGAAGAAGAGGAAAAUAAAACAAAAUCGGGGCGCUCUCUCCCUUUUUAAAGCCUUAAUUUAUUUAAUAAGUUGUAACAUGUGAUGCUAGUGUAGAUGCUGUUUGUGCGGGAGUUUUAUUCAGUGGUUAAAAAAAAUAAUACAUUUUAAUUUAUAUUUUAAUGUUUGCAGUGGGGAAAUUAGUGUUAUGACUCUUAGAAAUGUUGCAGGGGGAAAUAUUGCUCUAAUUAUUGCUGUGCCUUUAUUUUUGGUUAAAUAUAAAGGGGGUUAAUAAUCAAACAGGCAUUUAAUAAGUAGCAGUUGAUGAUUGAACUACAGUAGAUUUUUGUUUUUAUUUUUCUAAUUUAUAUCUAAAAUGUAUUUAUAAAUUAUGUUGUAUACAGUUGAUGUAAAUAUCUUUUUUCCCUCUCCUUCCCACCCCCGCCCUCUGGGCAGGUCCUCGUUGGGGUCCACUGCUGCUUUUUAUUUUUAUUUUUUUUUAAAUGUCACUCAUAUUGGUCAACCAAAGCACUAAAUAUGUGGAUUUUCAUUUUUUGUAUAACUCACUUUUAAAGAAAAAAUCACAACACUAAGAAAAGUCAGGGUUUCAGUUUUUUUUGUUUUUUUUUAAAGCAGGAAAUGCACUUGGUCAUCUUUUGGUGAGUUUUUGUUCGACUCUUCAUCACAUAUCAGUUCCUUUUUCUUUUUUUCUUUUUUCUGGUGCUUUUCUCUCACUGCGUGUAGGAAAGAUCUCUGAAUGUAGUUAUCGUGGACUUACUGGUGACCACUGUUGUUCUGCACUGGUUUUGUUUUCCUUUUAUGAGAGAAUUUUAUUUUUCUGUAAAUUUGUUGCGUUGGGAAAUUUAAGAACAGUGGAAACCGGGAUGAAUAAAGAAUGUAAAAAAAACAAAACAUGUUUUACAAGCACACCAAGCGUGAUGUAUUGUUAUCGCCAUCAAGUAGAGGAAGAUUUCAAUUUUAGCUGCAUUUAAAUUCCUUCUUCUCAUAUGAAUCGGCCAGAAAGGGCAGACUUUCAUGAUUGCCAAGCGACAAAACAUAUUCAGCGAAUGGAAAAAGAAGAAAUUUAUGCAUUGUUUGACUCCCCUAUAUUAAAGUUACACUGCUACUAAAGGAAGCACCCAUGUGUUAUUCCUAACCUUGUAGAUGUUAAUCCUGAUAGGCUUAGAAAACUGCAGCAUUGUGACUGAGUUUACAGAUACAGAAUUAUCAAAGCAAGGCACUAAUCAGAUCUUCAGUGAUUUGCUAAAGAGAUUUCAGCCAUGCUAACAGGUUUGUAAGAGAAGCUCCUCAGGCAUGCUCAAAUGGCUGUGUUAUCCUUUGAAUCUAAAAAAUGUAUAAAAAUGUUUUCAUUUUUCAUAAAUAGCUCUACUGUAUAAUUUAGCACUGUGGAAAAAUAUAUUGAAAUAUUAAAACAUUUGACUUCUCUCAAGACGAACAGAAGUUGAAAUCACCUGAA